UGGAUGGAUGCAUUACUCAUGGAUUCUUGGCAAUGAUAAAACACCAGGAGAAGCGAGGUUGAAGUGCCCCUGCGUGCACAGCUCCCCAUCUGCUGAGGGGCUGCCUGCACUUCACAUUCGGAUGCUGCAAAGCGUGCAGCGGGAGUCUCGCUUCGAGUCUCAGUGCACCCUUUGUGGAGAGCCAGAAGAGGAGGAAGGAGGAGACUUGGUCCAGCCGGGCCUCAGCUUCCCAGGUCCAGCAGAAGAGGACAUAGACCAACAGUACUCAUGGUCUCCAACGCAGCACUUCAAUGAAGAGAGGUACUCACCCGCACCCAGGAACAUGAAAGGGUUAACUGGAAGCCGGAACCAGCCUCAGCUAUGUGCGGGUCACACCUGUGGCCUGUCACCCCCUGAUGACUGCGAGCACCCCCAUGAUCACAUGCAUCAUGGGCCAGAUGUGCGGCAACCUUACGUCCUCAGCCCAGCUGAGAGCUGCCCAAUGGACCAUCACCGUUGCUCGCCUAGGAGCUCCGUCCACUCAGAGUGUAUGAUGAUGCCUGUGAUGUUGGGCGACCACGUGUCCAGUAGCACCUUCCCCAGAAUGCACUACAGUUCACACUAUGAUACGAGGGAUGAUUGCGCCAUGUCCCACACAAGUACAAAGGUAAAUCGAAUCCCCGCCAACCUUUUAGACCAGUUUGAGAAACAGCUACCCCUGCACCGGGAUGGUUUCCAUACACUGCAGUACCAGAGGGCCUCGGCUGCCACGGAACAGCGAAAUGAGAGUCCAGGCAGAAUCCGGCAUCUGGUCCACUCCGUCCAGAAACUUUUUACCAAGUCUCAUUCUUUGGAGGGAUCAUCCAAGAGCAACAUCAACGGGACCAAGAGUGACAGUCGGGUGGAUGAGCACCAUCAGACUCACCUUUCCAAACACAGCAAGAGAAGUAAAAGCAAGGAGCGGAAGCCGGAGAGCAAGCACAAGUCCGGUAUGAGCAGCUGGUGGAGUUCUGACGACAACCUGGACAGUGACAGCACAUACCGGACACCCAGCGUGGCCCACCGCCACCACAUGGACCACAUCCCUCACUGCUACCCUGAGGCGCUGCAGAGCCCAUUUGGGGACCUCUCACUAAAGACUUCCAAAAGCAACAGCGAUGUUAAGUGCUCAGCCUGCGAAGGCUUGGCCCUCACACCGGACACCAGGUACAUGAAGCGUAGCUCCUGGUCCACGCUCACGGUGAGCCAGGCUAAGGAGGCCUAUCGCAAGAGCUCCCUGAACUUGGACAAGCCCCUGGUCCACCCCGAGAUCAAGCCUUCCCUGCGGCCAUGCCACUACCUCCAGGUGCCUCAGGACGAUUGGGGUGCAUACCCCACAGGUGGCAAAGAGGAGGAGAUACCCUGCCGUAGGAUGAGGAGCGGCAGCUACAUAAAAGCCAUGGGUGACGAGGAGAGCGGGGAGUCAGACUCCAGCCCCAAAACAUCCCCAACGGUGGCCAUCCGGCCGGAGCCGCUGCUGAAGCCCAUCAUACAAAGAUCACUUGGAGACCACCAAACCCAGAGCUACCUGCAAGCUGCCACUGAGGUGCCUGUCGGUCACAGCCUGGACCCAUCAGUCAACUACAACUCUCCGAAGUUCCGGUCCAGAAACCAGAGCUACAUGCGGGCUGUGAGCACCCUGAGCCAGGCCAGCUGUGUGAGCCAGAUGAGUGAGGCGGAAGUUAAUGGGCAAUUCGAGUCAGUGUGUGAAUCUGUCUUCAGUGAAGUUGAAUCUCAGGCCAUGGAUGCUCUGGACCUUCCCGGGUGUUUCCGAACGAGGAGUCACAGUUACCUUCGAGCCAUCCAAGCUGGUUACUCCCAAGACGAUGAAUGUAUUCCCGUGAUGACACCGUCCAACAUGACGUCAACCAUCAGGUCAACGGCAGCUGUCUCCUACACAAAUUAUAAGAAGACGCCUCCCCCAGUGCCCCCACGGACCACCUCCAAGCCUCUGAUCUCUGUGACGGCCCAGAGCAGCACAGAAUCGACACAGGAUGCCUACCAGGACAGCCGUGCCCAGAGGAUGUCCCCGUGGCCCCAAGAUAGCCGUGGUGGCCUCUACAACUCCAUGGACAGUCUAGACAGCAACAAGGCCAUGAAUUUGGCUCUGGAAACAGCUGCAGCCCAGCGCCAUGCAGCCGACACCCAGAGCAGCUCCACAAGGAGCAUCGACAAGGCAGUCCUGGCAUCCAAAGCUGAAGAGCUCCUCAAAAGUCGCUGCUCCUCCAUCGGGGUCCAGGAUUCUGAAUUCCCUGAUCAUCAACCCUACCCAAGGUCAGAUGUAGAAACAGCCACAGAUUCUGACACGGAGAGCAGAGGCCUACGGGAGUACCACUCCGUUGGUGUGCAAGUAGAAGACGAAAAACGGCAUGGCCGUUUCAAGCGUUCUAACAGUGUCACCGCAGCUGUGCAGGCUGACUUAGAGCUGGAGGGCUUCUCUGGGCAUGUCAGCAUGGAGGACAAGGGCCUGCAGUUUGGAUCCUCCUUCCAGCGACAUUCAGAACCCAGUACCCCGACCCAGUAUGGGGCACUGAGGACUGUGCGGACGCAGGGCCUCUUCAGUUACAGGGAGGACUACAGGACACAGGUGGACACUUCUACUCUGCCACCACCAGAUCCCUGGCUGGAGCCAUCCCUGGACACAGUGGAGACAGGGAGGAUGUCUCCAUGCCGGAGAGAUGGCUCCUGGUUUCUGAAAUUGCUGCACACAGAGACGAAGAGGAUGGAAGGCUGGUGCAAAGAGAUGGAGAGAGAAGCAGAGGAGAAUGACCUCUCGGAAGAAAUUCUAGGAAAGAUCAGGAGUGCUGUGGGAAGUGCUCAGUUGCUCAUGUCCCAGAAGUUCCAGCAGUUUUACUGGCUUUGUCAGCAGAACAUGGACCCCAGCGCCAUGCCAAGACCAACAUCCCAGGAUCUGGCCGGCUACUGGGAUAUGCUGCAACUGUCGGUGGAAGACGUCAGCAUGAAGUUUGAUGAACUGCACCAGCUGAAGCUCAAUGACUGGAAGUUAAUAGAGUCACCAGAAAGGAAGGAAGAAAGGAAGAUCCCCCCUCCAAUACCAAAGAAGCCCCCCAAGGGGAAAUUCCCCAUCACGAGGGAAAAGUCCCUGGACCUGCCAGACAGACAGCGCCAGGAAGCCCGGCGCCGGCUCAUGGCCGCCAAGAGAGCCGCCUCGUUCCGCCAGAACUCUGCCACGGAGAGAGCCGAUAGCAUCGAGAUCUACAUCCCUGAGGCCCAGACGCGGCUCUGAGGACCAGAGGUGGCCACACGAGCCUGGUUUUGUUCUUUUUCACAAAUUGCUUGUACAGUUUAUUGCCUACCUGGUAGUUUCUGUCUCACCCUCCACUGGAUUCGCCCUUGCCGUGUUCUCUGCACCAUAGACAGUGGACGUUCCGAUUCCUAGUUUGCCGAGCUCAUGGCAAGAUUGACUCUGACGGACGUCGGCUCAGAGGAACGGGCUUGGUGGGCCCUGGCUUACGUCCCUGUUCUCAGAGGGCCGCCAAGGGGCCUCUUGAGAUGGACCCUAGCUUCCACUUUGCUAUUUAUAUUUUUAUAAAUUGUGUGAUAACUAGAGGUCACUAUAAACGGGUGCAUCUCCCCACUCUCGAGAGGCAUUAGACAUCCAAGUGGAAGGUGCUACAACUCGAAGGGCCGGAAAGACAGACAAACCUGUUCCCUCUCACCUGAGUUACUUUUCCCAGCCAAGCUGGCCCCUGCCCUUGCUGUCCUCACCUGUCCCGUCAGCGUGGGAAGCACACGUUCCUUGGUUGACGUGGUGAUGACAGGAAAGGGUUUAUCCAAGGUUCCCACUAGGUGGUUCUCUAAAAGGAAAUGACAAGGCUGAACGCUACCCCCCCCCCCAAAAAAAGAGAUCUAGCAUGGAAUGUUUGUGUUGAAAGCUAAGCUGAAUGUUCCUCUAAGAGAGGGACUCAUGGAAAGUUCUGGCAGAAGCCCAGAGAAUACAAAGAGAAAAAAACAAACAAAAAAAAAUUAAGAAAUAGUCAUGGUAAUUUUAUCCCUUGGUAACUUAAACAGUUACACAUAACAUUUCCUUUAAACCUCACUGCUUAAGCAACAUGGGCUUUUUAUAUAUGUGUUACGUGCAUUCUCAAACUGCUAUCAAACUUGACUUCCCAGGGUACCUUUCUCUAAAGGAGUUUGCUUGUUUCAGAUGCCACUUGUGAUGUUGUAAACCAUAUGAGAUGUAUGAAUGUGGUAAGUAUAUCAGUUAAAAAUGGUAAAGAAGAAAAGUUAGUUUAUGCUUGUAUUUUUCCAGAAUUCUUCUGUCCUAUGCAGUACUGCUGAAGUUAAGAAUAUAUUUCUUGCCUGUGUUAGACAUGAAAAGGGAAAGAGAGAGAGAGUCAGAGAGAGAGAGAGAGACAGAGAGAGACAGAGAGAGAUCAUGCAUGGUGAUUGAUUGCCAGCUGUGGUGAUUGAUUGCCAGCUGUGGAAUUUACGAAAGGAAAUCAGUAGUCAGGCUCUGAGGGGACAGAGAGGCUCUGAUUGAUGAAUUUUGUGUUAAUUAUGUUUACAGCUAAGAGCUCAUUCUAUAACUUCUGCAUGGAAGUUCAGAUGCCAACAGAGUGAUCAGAGUGCCCACGGCUCUGAUCUCAGAGUUCUUUGUUCUUCACGUAUAGGCAGGGUCCCACCCCAGGUCUCCCCCUUACUGCUUUAAGGAGCCCUGUGUGCUCAGCCAUAGGCGGAAAGCUUUCAACAGCCUGUAGCACUUUGUGUUCUCCCUGUGACUCGCACUUUAAACCGUCCUCAGUGCCCCCAUCCGCAGCCUGACCACAUCGCUGGCCACUGCGUGGGUACUCAGCGAGGCAGCAUUGCGGCUGGGGUGUUACUGGGACUACGCCGGCCUCUUCCUCGUCCUCUCCAUUCCAUUCCGCAUGGGGGCACGGUUGAUGUUACAGCAUGUCAAGCCUCAAUGUUUUACUUUUUUUUUUUUUUUAAGCUGAGUAGUUAAGAAUUCCCUGUAAUAGCAAAACCCUAUAAAUCGAGCCUUGUAUCUGGUAUAUAUUUUACCAAACAGCCUUAAGAUAUAUUUGGAAGCAAAAAUCAUACGAAUGUAUAUUUAAAAAUGCAAAAAAUAAUAAUAAUAAUAAAACUCCCAAAAUAUUCUUCUAUCACUGAACCCUAUUUCCCCAGAGUGUUCAAAGCAUUUUCUACCUAAAUAAAUAUGUAACUCCUGAAUAGUGUACAAUAAUGAUGCUUCCUCCUGGACUUGUGCCACCGAGUUACAGACAAGGGUGCUGCUGUAAGCACAGGUAUUUCAGACUUCGAAAGCAGCGUAUCCUAGAGGAGCCGUGUAGACGUAACCCGAGGAAGACAGAACCGAUGUACAUCCCUUAGCUGAAGGAAAUGUGGGAUGCAAAUGUCCCUGCUGCCCACACCCAUGAGGACAUCUGGCAGUCCUUCCUAUCAUUUCCUCAAAUGUUCACACCAUACACAGAAGCAAAUUGCAACAUUAGACAAUCAUCAUUUGCCAUGAACCCAAAAUUCUAUGGACCCAACUCGAGCAAAAACACCUACUAGAUUUUGGUUAACUACAUGAUCUAAUAUUCAUUUCUCAUCCAGUGUUACCUAAAGCCUUGGCCUAAACCUCCCCUAACUAAGUAAAUCUUCCCUCCCUGGGUUGCACCGUGGCCCCCUCUUUUGAAGUGGAAAAAAAAAUGUGCCCCUAUGUGGUUCACUAGGUUCCAAAGAUUAUCAUUGAAUGGCCAAACAAACACCUGCUGCUAGCUCUGAUGGAGGGUGAGCUUUCGCAUCCCCUCGUCAGUGCAAUACCUUCAGGUCUCACGCGUGUGGCGCUCUGUUGUGGAACAAGAAGAUAAGCCAUGUGUGUACUGACUGCAUCUCCCAGGCAAAGGCAAGCGGCAUUGGUUGUGUGUGCAAGCAAGCUGGUCCCUCCUCCCGUUAGGAGGUUCAUAGUGUGGAGCUCUCCUGUGGCCCUAUGAUCUCAUCCAAAACAUGAUAGAAGUUAAAAAACAGACACAAGGCCAAGCUAUAACGCAGUGCAACCCAGGUUAUCUAUGACAGCACACCUGUGUCCCUAGAGAUGCCACCAGCCACUGGAGAGGCUUGAGUGUCGCCAGUUCAAAAUCCUUUCCUCAUGCCAUCAGGCUGAUUUGGACUCUACUGUGCGGACCUAUGGAAAACAGUGGGAAAGGACACACAGCUGGAGUAAGGGACCAGGGGGAAGGAUGUGGCUGAGGAACAAGAGGAUCUUCUGUGCGCUUUCCUGGGCAUGGGACCUUCUGUGCGCGUUCCUGGGCAUGGGACCUUCUGUGCGCGUUCCUGGGCAUGGCUGUUUGUUCCUGUUAUGAUUAUUGUGAAGACAGUUGUCACCAGAGUUGAUCGUUCCCAGGUUUUUAUCGCCAAUCCAGAAUGGUGUGGAGGGGAGCCAUCUUGUUUUAUACCCAGAAAUCACCUCAUUGUUGAAAGGGAAAUGCCCAUACUUCUAACUUCAAACCACACCUGAAGACUUCAGCUAUUUAGUACAAAGUAAAUCCUUAGGAAAAAAAUUACAAAUUUUAUCUAAGACUGCAUAUAUAUAUACAUAUAUGUGUAUAUAUAUAUAUAUAUACAUAUGUGUGUAUAUGUGUACACACACACACACACACACAAAUAAGCUGCAAAGUAGAGGCAGUUACCCAGCUGGCCUUUAUGGAACUGUCCACCUUAUAAUUAGAAUAAGGCAAACAGCGCACAGGACGUAUGAUGGAUCCUGCUUCCUAGGGUGUAUGUCCCAGUUCACCCCAUCUUGAUUUCUGCCUUUUGUUAGCAUAACAAGUGAGCACUGUUUUUAAUACCCUCACUUAAAUCUGCUGCCUCUGUCUGUUCGCUAUACACCCCAACCUCAGGACCCCAGGAUGAGAUUUCUCUGGAAAUAUGCUGACCUUGUAGACACAUGGCCCAAGUGCCUGUAGCAGUCAUAGAACUCCCUGCCUUAGAAACAGUUGUCUGGUUUGGGCCAAACAUUUUUGUUUUUAGACAGAGCCUCACUGUGUAUAGUACAGGUUAGCCUCAAUUGUGCAAUUGCCCUGCCUCUUUCUUCUGGGUGCUGGGAUUACAGACAUGCACCGUCACACUCAGCCUUGGUCCAAAACUCUUGGCAGCAGAGCUGGGAUGGAAGGAGAGUGGUGUAUACCGGGCUUUGCAAUAGAUCAUGAGAUCAUCAGGUGUGAGCCAGCCUUCCUGUGUCUCUGAUGCGCUGGAAGCCAGUCACCCUCUGAGAAGCAUGAAGGUCAGGUCUCAGCUGCUCUCUCCCUGGUGUCAGUCAUCUUGCUCAGGGUUCUCUGACCCACAGGUCCAGGGCAGGACAUCCACAUGGACAGAAGCUGACAAGUAGCAUGUCAGAGAGACUCAGGUUGACUCGUCAGCAGGAUUGUACCUGUUGAUGACAGGAACUCCCUCAGAGGUCGGAGAAGUGACAAUUCCCUGAGGGGCUGUGUCUUGAAGGAAACUGGCUGCCUGGAGCAAUAAUGAGCAAGAGAGGAUACCUAGUACCUCUGCUCAGCCCACUGGCUACAGACUUGAAGCCCAGGACACAGACAUACUUUUGCAGGUCACAUGCUUUCGUACACACUCAUUGCCCAGACAUUUCGCCUCCAGUCUUGGGUGUCUUUCAUGUUCUAACUGCAAAUUUAACAUAUUACUACCUUCAUGGUUAGCGCUAUCAUUUUUUUAUAGUUUUCAAACUACAUUCACUGGACGUUCUGAGGAGUUCUUUGUUCCACCCACUCACUAUUUAUACUUCUAAGUAGGCUCGGAUCAAACCUGGUCUUCUAAAGCCAGGAAAUGGGCUUAAGAGAUCAAGACCAUAAUGGCUGCCGGUUAGCAGCGGCCUCAGCUACCUUGGUGAGGAGUGAGCUUUGCACCACAUCAUUCCUUGUCCCACCUGUCAUGAGCUGAACACACCACAUCAGCUGAAAUCAUCCCUGUGCCUCUGGGCUUAGUGUGCCUCCUGGGAUGAGAGGCAGUGAACUUCCCAGUCAGGUUAGGUGCCUCUACACAGAGUGUCAACCAGAAGUUGAAGAUAUCAAGGAGAAGGCACCAGGAGCCUUGUGGCUCAGCCAAGCUGCCAGAACUGAUGGAUACAACUGCUAGUAACCUGCCCUGAGUCCAGUUCCUGUCUUCUCUUCCAUGAUGUGACAUUAGAGUUACUGUCCCUACCUCCCUUGAAGGCAGGUGCAAUGUAAGGGUUGGUGACAUGCCCCCUCUGGCAUCUUUGAGCUUAUAGACCUAUGAUGAAUGUGUAUUGUCAUUUGGGAGUUGUGCCUGGGCUCUCCUCGGUGUGCUGUGACCCCUACUCUAUGCAGGAAGCUGACAGAACUAGACCAUGGCACAAGAAGGAGAGACGUUUACUUUGGGAUCCUGUUCUGCCUAGGCAGGAGGUCAAAACAAGAAUCCAGUGGCUCAGAAAUGGAACAUAAUAGCCAGGAACUUCUUUUCCUUUUGGCUGUGACUUCAAUUUCUAUACUCUUCCAUGAACAAGAAUCAACAACACCAAGAAGAGCUAGACAAUGUUUUUGCCAGCUCAGCCCCUCCUAGAUGAACCGGACAGAUGCUAUCAAUAUGGUAAAGUGAUCCAAGAACAAUUCUGGCUGGGAAAUUGAGAUGUUCAUGUGAAGAACACAGAUGGACUCAGACCUGCAGCACAGUCACUGCAGAGGUGUGGACCCCAUCCUUAGCCCCCUGCUCUGCCGUCAUCGCCCUGCCCACUGCAGAGAUGAGCACACAGACACUCUGAGAAGAAACCUUUCCAUUCUUGCCAUGCUGAAAAACACUACCAUGUUAGGAGUUGCCGUCCAAACCCAGGCAUUUUGAUCCAGUGUUUAAAAAAAAAAAAUUACCUUGUUUCUGUCUCAACAUCUGACAGAUGACUCCUUUUUAGGGGACAUAUUAGUUACCUACAAAACUACUACUUUUUAAAAGAUUUUGUAUACACACAAACCAAGGUAACAGCAGUUUACCUCCCGAUUUUCUUAGAUUUUAGGAGACUCUUAAUCAUUGGUGCUUAUUCUGAAUCUGAAAGCCUUGGGCUCCAAGACUUCCCAUGUGCAGUACAAGAGAGGCGGUCAUAAAGAAAGGGGUGUCAGGAUUCGUGUACAUGUUUAUCUUCUGUGCAGUGAUCUCCAUGGGGGGGACUUGGAUGCAUGUCUGCAAGUUCAAGGAUGGAAGCCAAGGUUGACGGUGGGACCUUAGGAAGCCACUUGCCCAUGACCCUAGUUCUCCGCCCAACUCCAGCCAUCUCAGACACUUAGUCACCUUCAAAGGGCUCCACAAGAAUCGUCACCCUCCCUCCAUUUUCAAUUGGUUUGCUGCAUUCAGGAAGGUAUCCCCUAAUGAGCAGCAAGAGCCAGGCUGCUUAUUUCCCAACAAUAGCCACUUACCUCUGGCCAAGUAUCCUUCUAUGGAGACACAACCCCUCUACCCGCCCUCCAUACUGUGUGCCAAAACCUAGGCGUGGCCUAAAGACUGAGUUUAAUGCCUCCUAUAGGGACUCAAGGAAUGCUAGAGCAGGACUAGUGAUUUAGUUAAAGAUUAAAAGUAUAUAAAUAUAUAUAUAUAAAUAUACAUAUAAAAUAAUACCCACGACAAGGAUCGACAGAGUGCCAAAUAUUCAAACUGUACAGAGUUACACUCAUCAGAACUAAACUGUUUUAUGUAAGUCUCUUUACUCAUGCCUUUUUGGGUUCUUUUGAUAAAUCCUGCUUCCCAGCAUGCAGUAUCCUAUCUGAUGUAUCUCUCAAUGCUGACCCGGUUUCUUCCUUCUCAUUAAUAAUUUGUCAGAACAACGAUCAUCAUUUUAAGUCAUUUUUUUAAAGAUUGCUUUUUUAAGUUUUCUUUCCUCUGUGAGGUUUUUGGUUUUUUUUUUUAAUUUUUAAUCUUAGGUGACUGUGGAAACAUCAUUGUCCAGAAUCUUCUAUGAUAACACCUCUUUAAUUUGAUGUCUGUAUUGCCAAUAUUCACCUCCUGUAAAUAGUUCUGCAAUUAAAUUUUUUGGAGAAAAGUAA